CGACGAGGUGCGAGGGCAGGGCAAUCACCACGACAUUCGGCGCAGUACGCGAGUUACGUGAGCACCCACGCCACAGUACUGCUCGAGAUAUCUGCAUCAAUUUGGGCUGUGACGUAGAGCUCUUACCGUAAUGAUGGUGAGCACUACAGCCCAUGCCCUCGGCUGCUUGGCAUUAGCCGCCGUAGCCGCUGCGUACACCCUCCCGUCAACAAAAAUCAAUGCGCCGCGCUGGCGACGAACGGCGCGCCGCGCCGUCGACCUGAGCCCGUUCGAGGAGGAGGUCAUCCGUAGCGCGGACGACCAGUACCCGCUGACGCUCGAUAAUGUUGAGAUGAUUUUAGACGAGCUGCGGCCAUACCUGAUGAGCGACGGCGGUAACGUCCGCGUGUCGGGCAUCGAGGGUCCGGUUGUACGCCUGCAGCUCGAGGGCGCCUGCGGCGACUGCCCGUCGUCGACGAUGACGAUGAAGAUGGGCUUGGAGAGGCGUCUCAAGGAGGCCAUUCCCGAGAUCUCCGAGGUCGUCCAGGUGCUGCCCGACGCUCCCGAUAUUACGGAGGAAGCUGUAGAUGAGGUGCUCGACGGCGUGCGGCCGUUCCUGUCGGUCGCGGGCGGGUCCAUCGAUUUGGUGAGCGUCUCGGGCUCGGGCGGCAUCCAGCCGACCGUCGUGCUCAAGCUCGAGGGCAAAUCCGCGUCCUUGUUUUCGGUGAAGAACGAGAUCUCGCAGCGCAUCCACCGCCACUUCAUGGCCUCGGGCUUACGCGUAGAAUGGGACGGGGACAACAACUAAUUGUACUUUU